AACAGCCAAAUGAGAUGGUAGAAGAAGAGUCAUCAUCUUCUUCCGCACAAACGUAGGAAAAGAGGGGCUGAGAGAGAUGGGAAGGGUGACAAUUCUGCUGUUAUGCCUCUUAGCCGGGGCUGUGACGGUCCACGGUGAAGACCCGUACUUGUUCUUUACCUGGAACGUCACCUAUGGCACCAUUUCUCCGCUAGGAGUCCCUCAGCAAGGAAUCCUCAUCAACGGCCAAUUCCCCGGCCCCAACAUCAACUCCACCAGCAACAACAACAUCGUCAUCAACGUCUUCAACAAUAUUGACGAGCCCAUUCUUUUCACCUGGAAUGGAAUCCAGCAAAGGAAGAACUCAUGGCAAGAUGGAGUUCUAGGAACCAACUGCCCAAUCCUGCCAGGAAAGAACUAUACCUACCACUUCCAGGUCAAGGAUCAGAUUGGUAGCUAUUUCUACUACCCCACCACGGCAGUGCACCGUGCGGCUGGUGGCUUCGGUGGCCUCCGCGUGAAUAGCCGUUUGCUCAUCCCUGUCCCUUAUGCGGAUCCUGAGGACGAUUACACUGUCCUUAUUGGUGACUGGUACUCCAAGAGCCACACUGAACUCAGGAAGUACCUGGAUGCCGGCCGCCCUCUCGCCAGGCCCAACAGUGUCCUCAUCAACGGCCAAACAGGCAAGGGCAAGGAUGUCAAGCCGCUGUUCACCAUGAAGCCCGGCAAGACUUACAAGUACCGGAUUUGCAACGUCGGCCUCAAGAAUUCCCUCAACUUCAGGAUCCAGGGCCACCAGAUGAAGCUUGUCGAGAUGGAAGGAUCACACACCGUCCAGAACACCUACGACUCCCUUGAUGUCCAUGUCGGCCAAUGCUACUCUGUGCUCGUCACCGCUGACAAGGAUCCCCGGGACUACUACAUGGUGGCCUCGACCCGGUUCACAAAGAGCGUGCUCACCGCCACGGGGAUCAUCCGCUAUGCCAAUGGCAAUGGCGCCCCCGCCUCCCCUGUCCUCCCUAAGGCCCCCGAGGGCUGGGCCUGGUCUCUCAACCAGUUCCGCUCCUUCCGGUGGAACCUGACUGCCAGCGCUGCCCGACCCAACCCCCAGGGCUCCUACCACUAUGGCCAGAUCAACAUCACCCGCACCAUCAAGCUCAUCAACUCGGCCAGCAGUGUCGGUGGCAAGCUCCGCUAUGGCAUCAAUGGCGUCUCCCACGUCAACCUCCCAACCCCGCUCAAGCUCGCCGAGUACUACGGUGUCGCCGACAAGGUCUUCAAGUACAACACCAUCCCUGAUGAGCCCUUGCUUGAAAAGGCCGCCCUGGUCACUCUUGCCCCCAACGUGAUGAACAUCACCUUCAGGACCUUCGUCGAGAUCAUCCUAGAGAACCACGAGAAGAGCAUCCAGUCCUGGCACCUCGAUGGCUACUCAUUCUUUGCCGUCGCGAUCGAGCCAGGGAGGUGGACCCCAGAGAAGAGGAAGAACUACAACCUCCUCGACGCUGUGAGCAGGCACAGUAUCCAGGUUUUUCCCAAUUCCUGGGCCGCUAUCAUGUUGACCUUUGACAACGCUGGGAUGUGGAACCUGAGGUCCGAGCUGACCGAGAGGCGUUACCUGGGGCAAGAGCUUUACAUUAGCAUCCUCUCGCCCGAACAGUCUCUGAGGGACGAGUACAACAUUCCUGACAACGCCCAGCUCUGCGGCGCCGUUGCAAGUCUGCCCAAGCCCACUCCUUACUCCAUCUAAAGAGUUGUUGCCCGAUGUCGUUACUGUAGGUCCCAUGAAUUGUUGUUGUUGUUGUUGUUGUUAUUUUGUUAAUUCUUUGGGGGAGUGAGAAAUUGUUGAGGGCUGUAUGUACCCUUUUUGCGAAAAAUGACAGUUUUUGCCUAUUCUCUAA